AUGGCGGGGCCCAUUCGGACUCCAUCCCAUUUAUCAAAUCCCAUUUUCUGCUCUCCUAUACGCCCACAGCCCACUCGCUCCAAAAUAUCUCAUCAUAUACAUAUACACACACAUAAACACGAUAAUAUCCAUCCUCAUACCGCCAUCGCCACGACCUCCAUACCAGGAGAAAACGAUUCCUUCGGUUCAGACUUUUCACUUUCUACGGAUAAGAUGAGAGAGAUAAUCAGCAUACACAUUGGGCAAGCGGGGAUUCAGGUCGGCAACUCCUGCUGGGAGCUCUAUUGCCUUGAGCAUGGCAUUCAGCCCGAUGGCAUGAUGCCCAGUGAUUCUACAAUUGGUGUGGAGCAUGAUGCUUUCAACACCUUCUUCAGUGAAACCGGUUCAGGAAAGCAUGUCCCUAGAGCUAUAUUUGUUGAUCUUGAACCCACUGUUAUUGAUGAAGUUAGGACAGGGGAUUACCGCCAGCUUUUCCACCCAGAACAACUCAUCUCUGGAAAGGAGGAUGCUGCCAACAAUUUCGCCAGAGGACACUAUACUGUUGGGAAAGAGAUUGUGGAUUUAUGCCUUGACCGAGUGAGAAAGUUGGCUGAUAACUGCACAGGAUUGCAGGGUUUUUUGGUUUUCAAUGCUGUAGGCGGUGGUACUGGUUCUGGAUUGGGUUCAUUGCUCUUGGAGCGCUUGUCGGUUGACUAUGGGAAGAAGUCAAAGCUUGGUUUUACAAUCUAUCCUUCACCUCAGGUCUCGACAGCAGUUGUCGAGCCUUACAACAGUGUCCUCUCCACCCAUUCUCUUCUCGAGCACACUGAUGUGGCUGUUCUAUUGGAUAAUGAAGCCAUCUAUGAUAUCUGCCGGAGGUCCCUUGACAUUGAGAGGCCCACAUACACCAAUUUAAAUCGACUCAUCUCCCAAAUCAUAUCAUCCUUGACUACCUCCCUAAGAUUUGAUGGGGCAAUCAAUGUGGAUAUUACUGAGUUCCAGACCAACCUCGUGCCCUAUCCUCGCAUUCACUUCAUGUUGUCAUCAUAUGCGCCUGUGAUAUCAGCUGAGAAAGCAUACCACGAGCAGCUUUCUGUCCCAGAGAUCACUAAUGCUGUUUUCGAGCCUUCGAGCAUGAUGGCCAAAUGUGACCCUAGGCACGGAAAGUACAUGGCUUGUUGCCUGAUGUACCGUGGAGAUGUUGUGCCUAAGGACGUCAAUGCUGCUGUUGCUACUAUCAAGACGAAACGUACAGUUCAGUUUGUUGACUGGUGCCCAACUGGCUUCAAGUGUGGAAUCAACUACCAACCACCCACCGUUGUCCCUGGGGGUGACCUGGCCAAGGUGCAACGUGCAGUGUGCAUGAUCAGCAAUAACACUGCAGUUGCCGAAGUCUUCUCCCGAAUUGACCACAAGUUCGAUCUCAUGUACGCUAAGCGGGCUUUCGUCCACUGGUAUGUGGGUGAAGGAAUGGAGGAAGGUGAGUUUAGCGAAGCCCGUGAGGAUUUGGCGGCUCUCGAGAAGGACUAUGAAGAGGUUGGUGCCGAGGGUGUUGAUGAUGAAGACGAAGGCGAAGAAUAUUAAAAGUAAUGUUUGUUGGUAUCGUGCGGGUUUUUACUAUCUGUUUGUAAAUUGCUAUGGUUUGUGAUUUCUGCUUCUUGUCUUUGGAUCUUCUUGGGGUGUGUUUCUUUAACAAUUCUGAAUUUCUGUGUAUGAUGUGGAAGGAUUCAUGUUGGUGUAGUUAAUUGCUAUAUUUUUUUUUUUUUUU